AUGAUCGUUAAGAUGCAAGCAGCAUCCAUUCGGGACAUUGCAGCCGACACAGGCAUCCCAAAGAGCAACUUUUCUCGAUGGAAGAAGCAGAGUAACGAGAUUCUCCACUUUGAGGGCACAAUGAAACGCUUUCACCUCCAUUGUGCCGGUCGCCCCGUUAUGAUCCCAAACGCUGACGGACUUGAGACCUUCAUGCACAAGCGACGCGAUGCUGAGCUUGCCCUGACAUGCACGCACCUCGUCAACUACCUGAAGCGCAACCACAAGUUGUGGCUCGAGCAGUACCUUUCACACCACCGCAGCAGCGAGGUCCAAGCAGACACAAGAACAGUUGGAGAAGAUUCGCAGAAGUUCGCCCAAGACUUCAACGUUGCGUUCAGCGGCUUCGAUCCAAGUCUCAUCAUCAACGUCGAUGAGACGGGCAUGACAUAUGAAGGUGAGAAGCACUCCUACCCGAUGACGGCGGUCCUCUCUGUGCGAGCUAAUGGUGACAAGCUUCCCAUCCUUUUCAUCAUGCGAGGUGAACCUGGCGGCCGCAUUGAAACCGGCGAGUUCGACACGUAUCUGAUCGGCCAUUACUAUGCUGUUCAAGAAUGUGCCUGGAUGGUUGCCAGGAUCUGGGCAUUUUAUUUGCGGCACUACUGA